UAUAAGAAUCAGAACCACUCCAUUUAAUACCACAACAUCUUUCUCUACAAACACAAACUCCACCUGCAAUGGAUUCCAUCGAGAAUGAGGUAACUCACGACUUCAACCCUUUCUUCCGUGUUUACAAAAGUGGUCGCAUCGAAAGAAUUACAGGAACCCCGAUCAUUCCUCCAUCGCACGAUCCCAUAACGAAUGUUCUCUCUAAAGACGUCGUCAUUUCACUAGAUCCCAAGAUCUCCGCCCGUCUCUACCUACCAUCCACCGCUGCCACAGCCGUCGCUAAACUCCCACUCCUCAUCUACAUCCACGGUGGCGCUUUCACAAUCGAAUCCGCCUUCUCCACUCUCUGCCACGCCCACUUAAACUCCGUAAUAGCCACCUCUGGCGUAAUCGCCGUCUCCAUCGAGUACAGACUCGCACCGGAGCACCCAAUCCCAGCCUGCUACGAAGAUUGCUGGGAAGUUCUGAAAUGGGUCGAUCAAGCACCCGAUCCAUGGAUAAAAGACCACGCCGAUCUGAACCGGGUUUUUUUAAUGGGCGAUAGCGCUGGGGCUAACAUCGCACAUAACAUAGCGGUCCGAGCUGGCGUAGAUGGAACCGGACCCGGUUUGAAGAUUGUGGGCAUGGCGUUAAUUCACCCGUAUUUCGAGUUCAGGCAACCGGGUAAACUAUGGAUGUAUAUUUGUCCCGAUUCAAGUGGGAUUAGUGACCCGAGGAUAAAUCCGGCUGCGGAACCGGGUUUGCUGGAAAAGAUAGCGUGUGGGAAGGUGCAGGUGUGUGUAGCUGGGAAAGAUAGGCUUAAAGGGUGUGGAUUGAGUUACUACGAGACACUGAAGAAGAGUGAUUGGAAUGGAGACGUGGAAAUUAUGGAGACUGAAGGAAGAGAUCAUGUGUUCCAUCUGUUUGAUCCUAAUUGUGAGGACGCACGCAAACUCAAAACUUUGUUAGCUUCUUUUUUUCAAUCGAAUGGCAAGUAAUUAUUUAGGUAUUAUGUCAACAUAAUAAAAUAAAGAUAAAGAUAAAAAUAAAAAAAUGCGUGCUUGUAACGUAUUGUCGUAAUAAUAUUAAUAAUAAUUGUAUUCGACAGAAUUUGGAUAGUUUUUCUUUUCUGUAAAUAUAAAAGGUCUUGUUAUAUGUUUCCAA